UAUUAGCUGAUUCCGAAUUAAGAUCAUUACUGUUACGUAUCUACAAGGAGCAAACUCACUUGAAAUCGAAAUUGUUAUAUUUCGAGAAUUUUCUUCUUUCUCCAUCAUUAUUCUCAGUACAUAUAUCGAAACAUGGUAUCGGCGAGAAUAUUAAGUUCCAUUUUUGAGAGAAGUCAUCUGAUUGUACGAAAUGUGUUAUUUCACCGUGACAUUCCUCCCUACUUAAAGCACAGCGCUUGGUUUUACACGAGGACAUCUGUGAAUAGGAAUAUCCAGCCUAACAAACAGUAUAAGAAAACGAAAGAUCAGAAAAAUGAAAAAACCGAAGAAACUGAGAAAAAUAAUAAACUUAAUUGGAGUAAUAGAUUGGAUGGCGUUAUAUAUAUAACAAUCGUAAUCAGCUGUGUAGUAUUUUCAACAAUAAUUUUCACAGCUAAAUCUAUGAAAAAAAAACAUUCCAUGUACAUAAGUACUCUGCUACAUUGCCGUAAGGAUUCUAUGAUUGUGGAUGUUCUUGGAGAACCUAUUGAAAUAGUUCCACAAAAAAACAAUGUCGCACACACUCACGAUCGUCACAAGAAAGACGGCUGGUGUUAUGAAAAAUUCACGUUUGACAUAGCAGGACCGAAAACACGGGCACUGGUGGAGGCCGAACUGAAGCAGAUUACGGAUAACGAAUAUAAGUAUACGAAAUUGCAUGUUACGGUGCCUAAAGUCGGAACAUUUGAAAUGAAGCCUGACUCGGUAUAUUUGAAAGAAGAUUACUCGAAAUAUUUGAGAAUUCAAGUUUAAUUGUUUUGGGAUCGCUGUUCUAUGACUAGUAAUUAUCGUAUAAUAUAUA